UGUAUUUUUCUUUAUGGAAGGCAUUUUAACUUAGGUGCUGCUUUCCAGACCUAGGGUCCAAUUUUAUCUUCUAUUUUUUUUAGUGGAAUGAAAAACCCACAAAAGAGUGGGACAGUUGCUCAGUUGCUCCACAACCUCAUCAAUUUGUGUGGCAUAGAAUGAGAUAGCCUCUUCUCUCCCUUUCCCGUCCUCCAAACAAUACAAGCAAAAUCAACACUCGUACAUUCCAGAGAUAGCGCUAAAACUAGCAACAGCCAUGGCUAACAUGAUCGUGGCUUCCACCAAAACCCUAAUCACCUCCUCCCCCUCCCUCCCUCCCACCACCACCACCCCCAGACCCAAAUUCCACCUUCCCCACAUCUCUCUCCCCCGACUCCCCAAACUCCUCUCCCUCAAAUCCGCCGCCCUCAUCGCCGCUACCACCACCACCUCCCUCUCUCUCGCUCCACUUCCCUCCAUGGCAGAAGAGAUCGAGAAGGCCGCCCUCUUCGAAUUCAACCUCACCCUUCCCAUCAUGAUGGCCCAGUUCCUCCUCCUCAUGGUCGCACUCGACAAGAUCUACUACUCUCCCCUCGGCAAAUUCAUGGACGAAAGAAACGCCGCUAUCAAGGAAAAGCUCAACAGCGUGAAGGACACUUCCGGCGAAGUGAAGCAGCUGGAGGAGCAGGCUGCGGCUGUGAUGAAGGCGGUGAGGGCGGAGAUAUCGGCGGCCCUCAACCAGAUGAAGAAGGAGACGGCGGCGGAAGUAGAGAUGAAGCUGGCGGAGGGGAGGAAGAAGGUGGAAGCGGAGCUGCAAGAGGCUUUGGCCGUUUUGGAGAAGCAGAAGGAGGACACCAUCAAGGCUCUUGAUUCUCAGAUCGCUGCUCUGAGUCAGCAAAUUGUGAACAAGGUCCUUCCCCUCUGAUCUUUUUUUUUUUUUUUUCCUUUUUCCAAAUUUAAUUUUCAUGGCCAUCAUGGGAAACAAAUUUAAUUUCCUAUUAUAAUGGAUUUUGUGUAGCAUAUAUAUAAUUGCAAUGUAACCAUCUACCCAUGUGGAAAUUUUUGGGGUCACUUCCAAAUGAAUGACAAAUAUGGGUUGAUGAAUCCUCUUAACAAAAAAGGGAUUGAAAUCAUGGGAAAUGACAAGAUGAUUAUGUUCUUCUAUGUAUUUUUUCUCCGGUGUCAUACUUCAUCACUUUGGAUUCACCAAACAAUAAAUAAAUUUAAUGAUAUUGAUUUUUA